UCUCUCUCUUUCACUUCCGCGUCCAGCAGGGUGGUAUGAUGACGCGAGAGGAGAGCUUUGACGCUGCCGUUUCUGGACGUAAAACAUUUCAAAAUAAAAGACUCUACGGCGGCGUGAAACUGACCCGUGCAGUUAACUGGUGCCUUGUGUGUGCUGGCUUCACACUGCUGUGAGGAUGAUGGUCUCUCUGUAGUCCUGUUAUCUGCUCCUCUACUCAGUGAUUUGAGUAUCACUCAGCUGCCGAAGAAGGAUAUCGUAAUUAUGAAUAGCGUUACAGUCCGCAGUGACUCCGCACGACAAGGCUCGGUCGUUUCCCGGCGGCUGGUGAACGUUAGUCCUCUCAGCGCGUCUGUUUACCUGUGAGUCAAAGUCUAUGAGACGGAGUCCGAGAGACAGACAGACAGCUCUGGAGCAGCUUGCAGGGAAGCCAGAAGCGCUCAGGGAAUCCGGGUGACAGCUUCGUGAGCUUGUGUUUCAGGUGCUGUGAUGGUGGAAGACGGGCCGGUCAUGAGGGGACGGGUGACGGUGUACUCGGUGCCAGGCUGUCCUCACUGCUUACAGGCCAAAGCCACUCUGAGUGCGUUAGGGGUGCCUGUGUGUGACGUAGACGUGGACCAGCACCGAGAGCUACGAGCGCGACUGAAGGAGCGCACGGGCCGCAGUACCCUACCCCAGAUAUUCUUCAAUAACCUCUACGUGGGAAACAACGAGGACCUCCAGAACCUGGAUCGUGAGAGGCUGGAGCAUCUCGUCCUGUCAGUGAGAGAGGAGCCUGUGCCGCUGGACGCUCCGCCUGUUCCUGGGGAAACCAGCCUGGACUCUGAUGGUGAGGUUGGUGGAGGAGCCUGUGAGCUUUCGGAGGCACUGAGGACUCUGACCCUGAAACUCUACUCUGAUCAUCUCUCUGAAGAUGGCAAGACAGUUGAUUACAAGGCCGUGUCCCGGAGCGUGUGCUUCGAGAGGUACUGCGAUCUAGCUGUCCAGCUUCAGCGCGUGGAGCUGCUGUCUCUGAGUCGGGAAGAGAAACUGGCUUUCUUCAUCAACAUCUACAACACCCUCGUCAUCCACGGGAACCUGCGUCUGGGCUUUCCCAAGAACAUAUGGCAAAGGUAUCGGUUCUUCAACUACGUGAGCUACUUCAUUGGUGGUGAGGUGUUCACGCUGCAGGAUAUUGAAAAUGGAGUGCUUCGAGGAAAUCGUAAAGGUGUGGCACAACUCAUGAAGCCCUUUUCCAGGAACGAUCCUCGGCUGCAGGUGGCACUUCCUGAAGUUGAGCCUCUCAUUCAUUUUGCACUGAACUGUGGUGCAAAGGGCUGCCCUCCAAUUAAGACAUACACACCACAGGACAUUGAUAGUCAGUUGCGUGCUGCAGCAGAAGCGUUCCUGGAGAAUGAGGACAGCUGCGUGAUUGACAGUGUGGGACGAGAAGUAAAACUCAGCCAGAUCUUUAAGUGGUACAAAGCAGAUUUCGGAGGCACCGAUGAAAAGCUGCUGACCUGGGUGUCCGAGCAUAUGGGAGCAUCACGGAAGAAGAGGACUCUACAGGCUCUGCUGUCAGAAGGAAAGGUCAAAGUGAGCUAUCUGCCCUAUGACUGGUCUAUAAACAGCUCAGACUGAACUAAAGCUCAUUCUCACGCACAUGAUCGCUCAAUCGCUGACUCGUUGCGGGUUCUGUGUUUCCGCUGAACACGUCCAGGAGAGACGAGCGAUUCAAAACACAACAGUACCCCCAAACUAUGCAUUUUGAUCCCUUUACCUUGUUCUUCCGCCUCCCAAAGGGCAACGUGAUACCGCAGCCUACUAUUUCUAACAAAGUUUUUAUACCUAGAAUUGUACUGCAGUGUUUUGCACUGAUUAUUAUGCAGUUACAUGUUUUUAAAUACUCUCAUGCAAGGAUGUCUUUAAUUUCUCUGCAUUAUUACGUGAAUUGUAGUGUAUCUGUCAAUUUAUUUAAUACGUAGUUUUCAGCAACACUAUCAAAAGCAAAAAAUAACCCAUGGAAAACAUACCUGCACUGAUUAAGCUAUGCUUGUAAUAUACAAUUUUUCAAAAGACCUCAAGGAAAAAAUAAUCAUUUUUUUUAGAUUACAAUACACACUAAUAAACAGCAAUAUUUACUGUACUUAUGUAUAUUUUUACAACAUUUCAGCAUAUGACAAAUUUGCACGGAUGCUUCCAGGAUUGCUUCUAAGCGCAAUUGAAAUAAUGUCUCCACCACGAAUCAUCAUAAAAGUAUACAGUAUUACUUUUAAGCCAUAUUCGAUAGCUAUUUGCUGGUAUUUGAUAGCUUUAUGUGAUGAUUUUAAGUAAUUUUUUUAAUUUGCUGUGCAUGCGCGAUUUCAGAGUUCACUGUUUUACGUCUAGACGUGUUUCUUCUCUAAAACCUAAAGGGAGAUUUUGAGACAUGGAUUAGUUUGUGCCGUUUGUUGUACUGUUGACCCUCGGUCUGUCUGAAUGAUGGAUGUCUUCAUCCGUCCCGUAUCAGUUCAUCACAAGAACACCAGCCGGUAGCAUCCGAUACUUUUUGUAAUGCAUGAUGUUAUUUGAUCAAUUAUUGAAAGGGCGACAGGGCUGAUGCAAUCUCAUAACUGGUUUCUGGUGAGCACGGCCUGUUUUGCACGCCCUGUGUCUGAUUUGAUCGAGAGUUAACGAGAAUUCCCGUAAUAUUUUUAUAGAAAAUGAGAUCCAGGCCGAAACUUUAUGCAAAUCGAUUUUCCCACCUGCCUAGGCUUUAGGCAGAGAAAAUCCUCUUGGAGUCUACGAGGAACAUAGACGCUGUUUUAAUAGAUGUUGAUUUUCCUGUAAGCAUGUAAUUUAAUAGUGAUGCAUGUGAUACUAUGGUAUAGUAUUGCGAGGGCUGACGCUGUGGGAUGAGAUGCACGAGUAAAAUGAGGUUCAGUACUUCUUGUUUCAGCCAGUGCCUUUUCACCUCUGCAUGAGACCGAUAUAGUCAUAUUCCUCCACUUGACCGCACAUCCCAUUGCUUCAGGAAAUCAGUUCAUUUCAGACUUUCAUCCGCAAGAGAUUGCUGAAUCAUAGCUCGCCCGGGAGAAGGUCCUAGAGUUACCUCAUCCUUUUCUCUUUUAUUGUAAGAAAGGAUAUCAAUGCCAUGCAAUGAACCUGAACUAAAUGUCAAGAUAAGACUGAUACUUUUGCAUGGAGAUUAUUUAUUUGAACUGGAGCAAUACUGCACUGUCUUUUCUAAAUAAACUACAAUGAUGAUAUACGAUGAAAUAAAAUAUGACGUGCACUUAU